UGGCGCCGUCCUAGAGCCGCGUUACCAAUAUUUUCGUACCGUUUUUCUCAAAAAAUGACAAAAAAAUAUUGGAAUUGCAACUUAUGAUUGUAAGGCCUGAAGGAAUUGUUUUGUUUCUUGUUUUUUUUAAGUCAUUAACUAAACAAAAAUGUAAGAAUUUCGAAAAAUUUCCUCCGAUCUUUGCAUUCAAUCAAAGCUAAUACUGUAUAAAGCCGAUGGAUGGUCGCGAAAUGUCCCCAGAUUCGUCCACACACAUCUCUGAAAGAAGUAGGAAAUCAAAGAAGAGAAAGCACAAGCAAAAGUCUAAAACAAGAAAUAUAAAGAAACAUAAAUCAUCCUCCAGUGAGAGCRGCCGUUCACAAAAGAAGACCAAGAAACACAAGAAAAGACCAUCAAAAUCCACUCCACACUCAGGAGAAUCUGARGAAGAAAUCUUUGACAUUAAGCCUCUAUCGGGUUAUGUUGAUGAUCGAAAGCAACUUCAUAAAGARAUAUUUACAUUAGUAAGCAAGAAAGAGGUGAAGGACAUGCUUCCUGAACCUCUCAAGAAGAUUAAAUUCAAGGAAUUCAAAAGCCUAUGCCUGGAGCAGCUUGAAAUUAUGUCACAGAAAAGACUACGGCAUGUGAUAGCAGGUCAAGAAAUGGUGUCCUCCUCCUCUGAUGAAAGCGCUGAACCCCAAGAAAUGCUUCCCAGCACUAAAGAAACUGAUGCAAAUACGGCAGAACAUGUUUCAGAGAAUAUUGAAAAGACAGUACCAGAAGUUGCAAAUCCUCMAAAGCCUAAGGAAGUGGCACCACCUCGCAAAAUCAGUAUCCUUGAAGAAAUGAGUGUCUCACCCAACCAAGAUGAAAUAGAUGAACUCAUUGAAGGGGAACCCAAUGUAUCCCAAAAUUCACCAGGACCACACCAAGAUGAAGAACAAGAGCAGACGUUUAGUAGUGUAUCAAGAGAUGAUACUUCUACAGCAUUGCCAGAAGCUGAGCUAAAGGAACUAGAAUUYAGAGCAAGGGCUCUUAAAUCUCUCGUCAUGGCAAGGGAGCGUCAACARCURGAGGCRAAAAAGCAACAAGAACUUUUAAAUAAGACUUAAAUUUGCUGUCACCUUGCAAUAUGUUCUCUUUAUUCUAGUUUUCUACAUUUAUUUUCUCUUGAAGUAGUACACUUCAUCCAUGGAAUACUUUGAAUAGUUUUCAUAAGCCUGUGAAAUAUGACUUCAGAAUUUUUUCCUCUAAACAAAUCAAGUAAAACAUCUUUUUGUAGUGAUCGUACUUAAACUGUGCAACUGUACAAAAUGGUGCUAUUCGGUUGUAUUUAGUAACUUGUGCAUGUGGUACGCAAAUUAAAUUGAAGCGAUUCAAGUGAAGCCUUCAAUACCCUCUUGCUUCAGGCCCACUUUUGGUACAAAUUAGUACUACCUUAGAUUUUGUACAGUUGCAGGUUUUAAGUUUAAUCACUCUAUCUAUUUCACAGUGUUUUUUGACUUCACUUAAAAGUAUUUUGUAGUUUGUACAAUGUAUAGUAAAUGGUGUUGACAAGGAAGGAGAAGUUUACUUCUUGGUGAAGAGUGAUCACACUUAAACCAUGAAACUGUACAAACUAAAUAGUGCUGUUUUUUAGUUGUAUUUAGUUAUAAUCGUGCAUGUGGUACGCAAAUUAAAUAGAAUUGAUACAAAUGAAGCAUUCUAUACCAUCUUGCUUCAGGUCCACUUUUAGUACAAAUUAGUUGGUACUUAGAUUUUUUACAGUUGCACGGUUUAAGUGCGAUCACUCUAUCUUUGGUUCUUGCUCUGUUUCACAGGUUUCCCAAAAAAAAAAAAAAUUAAAAAUUAAAAAUUAAAAAUUAAAAAUUAAAAAUUCCUUGAUCCUUAGAAAAAGACUAUUUAGAUUUUUUUAAGUCAACUUUAAUAUUAUAAUCAGAUUUGAUUUUAUUUGAACGUUUCUACAGACAAGUGAUGUUUUGACAUCUAUGAAGGAGAAUGCAAGUACAUACACAUAAUACUGUUAAACUUUGUAAUAUUUCAAAGGUGCAGUGCUUUGAAUUAAAAAUGUUUCGAUAA